AUGGCAGAAUCGACUAGCUCUACAAACAUUCCAUCAAAUUCAUCGCCUAAAAAAGACUUGCGAUUUUGGAGUAAAAUCAUCGCAACACAAUAUCUUAUUCGACAUCCAUUUUGGAAAAGUUUUUCCUUGCCAAUAAUCAUUGGGCAAGUAUCUGCAAAUACAAAAAAAGAUUACACAGAUUCUCAUUAUGUUACAAUUGUAUAUUUUCUCAUUGUAUUCCAUUUUUUAAGCGGUAUGUUUGUUAGUGAUCGCAAAUUUCGACAUGCACUUGGAUUUUUACCGCAUAUUGUUGGACUCGGGUGUACAUGUUAUUUAUUCUAUUCGAAUAUACUUCAACAAUUGACUGCUUGGUUAAAAAUUCGUAUUAUUAUUCAUUCACUUGGUACGAUCGGAAUAUUUUUCUUUGUCGCUAGUUUACAUACUACGAGUAUUUCAUUUCGAUCAAUUUUACGUCGUUUAUCAUCAUAUUUUAUUGUUUUUUAUUUCGUUCUAAAUGCUUAUGUUCUUUGGUGGUCAAACGAUGAAACAAAAUUAUUUGAUAGUUAUUUUUGGACAUUAAUUAUUCGUGGACAUGCAAUUGCUUGUUUUUUAGUUUCUGGUGGCUUUUGCUUAGAUAUAUUUACAAUACAAGCAUGUCAAUUAGGAUCUUAUUUAAUUUGUUCGAAUAUUAUCUUGGACUUAUGUAUACUUUAUCGGACAGCUCAAUCUAGCACAAAUUUUUGGUUAUUAAUAGAUUAUAUUGUUGAUGAUUUCGCUAUGCUUUUUGGAUGUUUUUAUUUGUAUCAAUUUAAUUUACAUCAAAGAACUAAAUUAAAAAAAAACGACUGA